CAAGCGCAACCCUACAGACCUAACCGAGAGUUUUUUAGGUACCUACCUACCUAUUUGAUUGACUCUAACCUGUUUGUCAUUUUUUAGAAAUAUCAAUUUUACGUGAUUUGUGCUUUAUAAACUACAAAUUUAUUAGACUAAAAUGCAAACUGAUUUUAAAUUAUCUCACAAAGCAAAGAAACGCAUCAAGGAAGUAAAGAGAAAAGCUCGACCGGAAUUAGUAGAUAAGCAUCAAUGGACAGCCUUAGGAUAUGCUGGGAAUUUUGAAGAGUUUUUAAAAUGUGAUGACAAUGUAGACAGAAUAAGUGAAAAUGUGGUGUCUCCAGAUGAGUUUAUAGAGAAAUACGAGAAGAUAUACAAGCCAGUAGUGAUAACACACGUGCAGACCAACUGGAAAGCUAAUCACAAGUGGACUUUAGAUAGACUAGCCAAAAAAUAUCGUAACCAAAAAUUUAAAUGCGGCGAAGACAAUGAGGGUUAUAGUGUUAAGAUGAAAAUGAAGUAUUACGUAGAAUACAUGCGGACAACGACUGAUGAUAGUCCCCUUUAUAUUUUUGAUAGUAGUUUUGGAGAGCAUUUGAGGAGGAAGAAACUUCUAGAGGAUUAUGAGAUUCCUAAGUACUUUAGGGAUGACCUUUUCAAAUACUGUGGUGAGGAGAGGAGGCCUCCAUACCGCUGGUUUGUUAUGGGACCACAGAGGUCGGGCACUGGGAUUCACAUAGACCCUCUUGGGACAAGUGCCUGGAAUGCCCUUGUGUUUGGUCAUAAGAGGUGGUGUCUGUUCCCGACGCACACUCCGAGGGAACUUAUCAAAGUGACCGGUGCUAUGGGUGGGAAGCAGAGAGAUGAAGCAAUCACUUGGUUUAAACUUAUUUAUCCUAAAACUCAACUAGAUACUUGGCCCAAGGAAUAUAAACCGGUUGAAAUUUUGCAAAAACCCGGUGAAACAGUAUUUGUCCCUGGUGGUUGGUGGCAUGUGGUCCUCAACUUGGACGAUACUGUAGCAGUCACCCAGAACUUCUGCAGCCGAACCAACUUCCCGGUUGUCUGGCACAAAACUGUGCGUGGUCGGCCAAAGCUAUCCAAGAAGUGGAUCAAAGUUCUUGAAACCAAAGAGCCCAAUUUAUACAAAAUGGCCAGUAGCAUGGAUCUCAGUCAAGGUACUGGCGUGGCGUCGGAUAGUUCGUCCAACAGCAGCUCCUCCAGCAGCGACAGUGAGAGCAGCUCCUCAGACAGCUCCAGUGAAGAAGACAGCGGACAAGAGAGCAUCUCUGCUCACAAGAAAAAGAAGAGAAGGAGAAUAUGAAAAAGAAUCUAUGUAUUUUGUAGUCAAAUCAUGAUUUCUAGUUUGAUCUUAAGUAGUUGUGUGUAUUUGAUUACGUAAAGCUGCCUCUUUGUAUUAUUAGGUGUAUGAACUAAUUUAAUUUUUACAGUUGUUAUUCAAAUGACAAUGAUUAUUAUUUCUUUUGUUACUGACUAAAUUCUUUAUGAAUUAAAUAUUAUUAUCGCCUGUC